AUCUCUACCGUGAACUGGUAUGCUAACUGUCUCAUGUACCGUUCUAACUCUAUGCACCUCCUCCACCGUUUUGGCCACCUCUUUCAACAGUAUAUUGUCGAUAUGUAUGCCAAGAUUGAACAUAGCCGUCUAGGAUAUUAUGUCCUGAACCAAAAAAAGAUGCGUGCAGAACUUUACAGUGGUAUCCAGGAUGCAGUCUACCUCAAUGACAAUGAUAUGACAAAUCUUGGUUGGCAAGUGAUUAUUCCUUCCUCCUUCCUUGGCAGCCCACGAUGUAUGCGUGAAUUGUAUCAAGAUGCUAUGGGCAUUGUGCACUACUUUGGCAAGCCGGAUCUCUUUGUGACCUUUACCUGCAAUCCCACUUGGCCAGAAAUCACAAAUUCUCUGUUGGGUGGACAGAGUGCCAGUAAUAGACCUGACCUUUGUUUCCAUGUGUUCCACAUGAAGCUUGAGCAACUAAUGCACGACUUAACAAAGAAGCAUAUCUUGGCAAAAGUCGUAGCACAUGUCCAUGUCAUUGAGUUUCAGAAGCGAGGUCACCCUCAUGCCCAUAUUCUGUUGAUCCUAGCUAUGGCAGACAAGCCACCAGAAGCAUUUGCAAUCAUCAGCCGCCAUAUGGUGCAUGAACUAUGUGGAGAGAAGGUCUGUCUUGCUAAUGUCCCUCUAGCAUGUUACAUGAAGAACGGCCGCUGCCAGAAGCAUUAUCCAAAGAAUGCCUAA